AUGCGAGUUGAAGGUAUGCGGCGAGCAGUUUUGCAGUUCAGUAGCUGCAGUGUGACUGAGGACUUUGUGUUGUCGGACACCAAUAACAUCUUGCUGUCUUUAGGAAGGCUACUCAAAAAUGGAUGGAAGUUUGUGUCAGUGGGAUGCAAACAGCGCCAAGGGGGCGAGACCUGGGGAGAAGAAACCCAGGCGGGGGAACUUGUAUCUCCCGAUGGUAAGGCACGGGUGCCUGUGGAAUACCAGAGGAAUAGCUUGAGAUUGACAGCGGAAGUUAGAGGAGUCGAGCAAGUCAGGGCAGUCAAGGUGACUUUGGCCUAUGACUUUGGUAAAGUCCCAGAGAAGGAUUGGAGCCUUCUACCGAAUGGAACGCCAGUCCAUCGCCAUUUUGGACUUGAGUUUGUAAAGCCACCGACAGGUACUUGGAAGUACAGGACCACCAUCGUGAAGGUGGGCAACGAAUGGGAAGUGAUUGAAGCAACAGAAUUGCUCGAGCGAAAAUCCGACUUGGAAGAUCGAAUACCGGGAUUGCUUUUUCGAUCAGAAAUUCUCACAUUCUUGCACAGGACACCAGAGUAUCUGGACAAGUGCUUGGUAGAAGAGGUAGCGCCAGAAGAAGCACCAAAGGAGGAAGAAAAGAAGAUGGAAGAGGAGCCAGAAUGGUUUGGAAGAGAAAGAGGAGCUCCAGAAGAGUUGCAGGUGCCAGUGCCGAAAGGAGUUGUGAAGCAGCAAGGAAAGGCAGGAGGACACCAAGAGUUGGAACUCGACAUGGGAAGUACUAUUGUGGUGAAUGGAGAGUCACUCACAGCAACGAGUGAGAUUGAGAAGCUGCGAGAAGGUUGUCGGUAUUUGGGUUUGAGCGUCUCAGGGUCAAAGGUGAAGAUGUUCAGGAGACUGUGCAACUACCUCACCGAAGACAGAGAUGAGGACGCAGAAGAAGUUGCAGACAGGCUGAGGAAGCAAAGGCCCAAAGCAAGAACAAGACCCGGAGUGCCCGAACCGACAGAAGCAGAGAUUGAAGAGCAUAUGGCAACCCACAUGCCAAUGCAACCAUGGUGUGAUUUCUGUGCAGCAGCAAAGUCGAAACAGGACCAUACCCCACAAAGCAGUGAAGCAAAGUAUGAAGACCCAGGAAAGCCAGUGAUCCAGAUGGACUUCAUGUACAUGGGUCAGAACAGUGUGAGUCUGAUCAUUCUUGAUUCAUGGACUCGAUUUUCGUGGGCGAUUCCAGUGCCGGGGAAAGCACCGACGAAGAAGUUGGCCGAGAAAGUGGUGAAGUUUUCUCUCGAGAUGAACUACAUUUCCGAAGAAGUUCUGUUUGCGAUUGAUGUGGAGCCAGCGACAACAGCCUUACUGGAUUUGAUUGUAGCAAUACGACAAAAGUUAGGCUACAAGGCUGGAAAGUAUCCAAACAAGCCCUACCACAAAGGAAGAACAGCGAGAGUGGAACGCCACAUUCAGAACCUCAGGAGACAAAGCCUCACGAUGAUUGAAAUGGUCGAGGAUCGGAUUGGGGAAAAGAUUCCUGAAGAUCAUGCUUUACGAGCGUGGGCAAUUCACCACGCAGCAUGGUUGUUCAACAGGUACCACCUACACUCAGGGACGCAGAGUACAGCUUUCCAAUUGGUCUACGGGAGACCAUACCAAGGGCAGAUUUUACCCUUCGGAGAGUAUGUGUUUGGUCUGGCCAAGCCUGGAGGAGUGAAGAAUCGAUCCUUGUGGACAGGAGGAAUAUGGGUUGGAAAGGACGACCGGGACAUGGACGUGAUUACAUCAAAAGAUGGGAUCUUUACGUCAAGAUCUGUGCGGCGCACACAACCAGCGUGGCGCGCACGUGAGACCCUUCAACUUCAGGGUUCUCCUUGGACGAAGAAAGCCCCAAGGCUAGGGCACACCGCGCAUGCGGCACCGUUACCGAGAAUCGUGGAAGAACCAGGCAAAGAGAAAGAAGGAGGAGAAAAUGAGCCAGAGCCAGCAGGAGAUGAAGCAGGAUCUGAUGUGGAAAGUUCAAAGCAUGACACAAUCAGUGAUCUAUUGCUGAGCAGUGGUCAACCUACACCUCGAAGUUCAUCAACGGAUUCCAACCAAGGCGGGGGACAAAAGAGAGAAACUGAAGGAGAAGAAAGAGAGGAACCUGCGAAAGCUAGUAAAACAGCAGAUGCUGAGGAGCCACCAACGAAGCAACAAAAGACUGCGGAAAGUUCACCUACAAGUGCUGAUCCUGGAAGUCCGAAAGGAAGUCUAUUUCCACCGUUGUACGCCGGACAGGUAGAAGAACAGGAAGACGAAACAGGAUAUCAUGAAGAUGACCUUUGGGAAGAAAGAGUCUGGAAGGAAUGCGAAGAGGAAUAUGAAGCGGAUAGUGAAGGAGAAGAAGAAGAUGAGGAUCGACCACCGAAAGUCAGCGAAGAGGAACUUGAAAGAUUGGAUGCAGAGGCAGGAAAAGCUGAACUUGACAAACUCGCCAACAUGAAGGUUGUGAAGACGAUCAAGAAGGAAGAGUGUUCAGAGGAAGGUAAGUUUCUGACACUAAGGACAGUUUUCGAUUGGAGAAAGAGAGAUGGAGUUUGGAAGCGUAGAUGCAGAAUUGUGUGUCGGGAAUUCCGUGCGGGAGCCCAGAGCACGGAGGAGACUUUUAGUCCUACGUCAGGACACGCAGCAGUGCGAAUGAUGUUUCUUUUUCAUCUCAUCUACAAUUGGGAGCUUACAGUUCUUGACAUUCGUGACGCAUUCUUGCAAGUCACGCAGAAAGCUCUGAUGUAUGCUGAUAUCUCACCGUGGAUUCGAACACUACUUGGUUUGGAUGAAGACCACGUAUGGAAAGUGGAGAAGUGUCUGCCAGGGCAAAGAUCAGCGGCAGAACAAUGGUUUACCCAUUUGGUUGAGAUUUUGAAGCGUUUGGGAUUUGAGCAAUUUGUUGGGAUACCCUCAAUCUUGAAGCACCGAGUGAAGAAGAUUGCAGUGUCGAUUCAUGUCGACGACGAGCUAGUUGCAGGUGCAAAAGGCGAAGGAAGAUGGCUGAUAUGCGAGCUAGAGAAGUUUUUCAAGCUCACAGUUGAGGGACCGUUCCCAUCCCACCGGGGAUCGGGAGAACAGCUUCAUUACCUGAAGAGGACCUAUGAGUUCCUUGAAGAAGGAAUUUUGGUGACAGUGUCGAAGAAGCACUACGAGAAGCUUAGAGGACUCUACAAGCUGGGGAACCGAAAGCCAAGACAAACCCCAGAGCACCAGCUGAUUGGAACAGUGGACAAUUCCAAAGAACUGGAGGAGAACGAGUGCAAGAAGUUUCGUUCAGCGUUGGGAACACUGUUGUACAUUUCCCAAGACCGAUGGGAUUUGCAGCAUGUGACGAAGUGUUUGGCAAGUAAGAUGUCGAAGCCAACGGAACAAGCGUUAACCUGUUUGAAACAAGCUUUGCUCUAUGUGCAAGGAACAGAGCAACUGGGAUUCCUACUGAAGUACACAAAGGUUGGAAACAAGAUGAUGGAUGCGAUCUAUCAAAGAGAAGAGCAAGAAGAAGAAGACGAAGAAAAGAAAGGAACACACAGUAUGGAAGUAUUCACGGAUGCAGAUUGGGCAUCAGACCGUGAAGCGAGAUGGUCUACAUCAUCAGUGAUUGUGUGUGUGAAUGCAGUGCCAGUACUUUCGUAUAGCAGGACCCAGAAAGCUACAGCUUUAAGUUCGGCAGAGUCCGAAGUGCUAGCAUGCUCAGGAGGAGCAUCAGAAGCGAUGUUACUGAAGAAGUUGUGGAUGUUUCUUGCAGGAAAGUUACUCGUGGAGAUCCGGAUGGAUUCAAGUGCGGGAAGACAAUGGAUGAUGCGAACAGGAGUCGGAGGACUCAAACAUAUCGAUCUGAGAGUAUUAUGGCUUCAGCGAGGGGUGAAGAACAACAGCUUCAAAGCAAAGCCAGAGUAUCUCGAAGGAGAUUUCUCAUGUACCAUAUUGGAGCCAUGGUGUGGAAUGGAGAAAGUCAUGAGCGUUAUGGGAAAGAAGAAGCAAUGGAACAUGUGGCAGGUGAAGUUUGCCGAAGCCAAGUUCGAGCACUACGACAGCCAGACGAUUUUGGAGGACGAGAACGAGAAGAACGAGAAUUUGUUUUCAUCUAUGUGA